CCCAAACCACCUGAACAGCUUUAAAUUUACCCUGCCCACCUGGGAAUGACUCUUGUCCUCACUGCCACCCUUUUAUUCCACCGCGUCGCUGUCGUCCCGGACGAUAGCAUCUUCUACCGUCAUCUAUUGUUUGGUCCCAUCAUUCCCCAGAGUAUGAACAAGCCUUCCACCAUCUCAACUGAUCGCUUCUGUGAGGCCUGCGGAGAGCCUGGAUAACUGGGCCGAUCGCCUACACCGCCCACAGCGGCCGAACUGAGCAACACACGAUAAAUUUGGAUAUAAUCAAUAUUUGGAUAAUCAAAACCGGGUUUGGACGAGACAAUCCGCCGACAUGUGCUUCGAGCGCCUGGUCAACCUGAGGUGCGGUCACUACGAAUCAUACCAACUGGACAAGACCGGUUGCAAGUACCAGGCUGGUCGCCGAUGCCCAAACUACGUGCAGGUCAAGAUUCGGCAGGACAAGAACCGCAGCUGUCCCAAAUGCAAGGCCAGCCUUCUGGCCACAUUCGGCAUCGCCAGUCCCAGCCUUCGAUGGGGAAAAUAGAUCUACAAGUGCGACUUUGAGUAAUGGGAGUGGAUGUCUGGUUGAUUGGAGGCUAAAGGGCACAAUGUUGAUAAAAGGAGGGUGGCUGUUUGCGCGACUGAUUAAAUGGGGGUCUAGACUUGAUGGCUCGCUGGCUGGUUGAGUGGAUUUAGAUGUCUGUGGAAGAUGAAUCCCCGGCUUUGGGGAAGAUGCUGCUUUGGUUCUUGGAGAGACCCAGAUGGAGCGAGUACCCUCGGAAUGUGCAGUGAUUUGACACCGGUUUUGAUCCACAUAUGCUAGAAAUAUACGGAGUAUUAUACCACUACUCGAUCAAGACAACGCGAGAGUCUAUGCCAAAUCUCACAUGCCGAUAUGCAUGAGGGUUCCUUGCAGGGUAUCGGGAAUUCCAC